UGGCAUGGGACGCACCCCAGCCUCGCCGCGCGCCGGGAGGCCCCCCAGCCAACAUGAGUUACACCGGCGAUUACGUGCUUUCGGUGAGAACACCGAGUGACGAUCUGUUGCUUCCCCUGAGGUGGCUACAAAGAAAGGAAGCCGGAGAGGGAGGGGAGGGGGGGAAAGGAAAGGGGAAGAAAAAAAAAAAAAAAAAGGCCCGGACCAGCUCGCAGCUUGUCAAUUUCAACAUCGGGUCACAUGACCAGCACCUCCCUGCUAAGGAUGGGGAUAGAUUUCCACGUCAGCUUACGUCUCCAAAUUUCUACUUCACGGAUCCGCUUCAAAGAGGCAGCUGCAGUGGAGAAUCAUGUUAAGCUCGGCUACUGCGGAGAGCCCAAGGUAGCCCAAUGAUGGAUUUUGAUGAGCGUGGUCCCUGCUCCUCUAACAUGUAUUUGCCAAGUUGUACUUACUACGUCUCGGGUCCAGAUUUCUCCAGCCUCCCUUCUUUUCUGCCCCAGACCCCGUCUUCGCGCCCAAUGACAUACUCCUACUCUUCCAACCUGCCCCAGGUCCAACCCGUACGCGAAGUGACCUUCAGAGAGUACGCCAUUGAGCCCGCCACUAAAUGGCACCCCCGCGGCAAUCUGGCUCACUGCUACUCCGCGGAGGAGCUCGUGCACAGAGACUGCCUGCAGGCGCCCAGCGCGGCCGGCGUGCCUGGCGACGUGCUGGCCAAGAGCUCGGCCAACGUCUACCACCACCCCACCCCCGCCGUCUCGUCCAAUUUCUAUAGCACCGUGGGCAGGAACGGCGUUCUGCCACAGGCUUUCGACCAGUUUUUCGAGACGGCCUACGGCACCCCGGAAAACCUCGCCUCCUCCGACUACCCCGGGGACAAGAGCGCCGAGAAAGGGCCCCCGGCGGCCGCAGCGACCUCCGCGGCGGCGGCGGCGGCGGCGGCGGCGGCGGCAGCGGCGGAGGAGAAGGAGCGGCGACGGCGCCCUGACAGCAGCAGCAGCCCCGAGUCGUCUUCCGGCCACACUGAGGACAAGGCCAGCGGCUCCAGUGGUCAACGCACCAGAAAAAAGCGCUGCCCCUAUACCAAGUACCAGAUCCGGGAGCUGGAGCGGGAAUUCUUCUUCAGUGUGUACAUCAACAAAGAGAAGCGCCUGCAGCUGUCUCGCAUGCUCAACCUCACUGACCGUCAGGUCAAAAUCUGGUUUCAGAACAGGAGAAUGAAGGAAAAAAAAAUUAACAGAGACCGUUUACAGUACUACUCGGCCAACCCGCUCCUCUAAGGCUCCAGCCUGCUGGAAUUGGGUGGGGGGUUUCAUACACGUGAGAUUAUAUGCAGAUUUUGCCCUUGACAAGGUCAAGGCACGUGGUGACUUUCGAAGAAAAGAGAUGUGCAAAAGAGAGGAGGCUACACGGAGACAGCCUCUAAGGAGGCAGCCCGGGACUCUCUUGGGCAUCUGUGGUUAAGAUUCCUAACAAAAAUUGGAUGUGGAGAGUUGUGCAUCAGCUAGAAUAAAUGGUUUGGGACCCCUGGUGGUUCAUUCUUAGAGACUGUGGAGCUUUGGGCUGGGUGUGGUCUCCAUCAGGACUGGGCCCCCUGCCAAGCGCCCUGGAGAACGACCUGGGCCCAGGACCCUCCACAGGGAGCCUGCCCACCCCCAGGACCCCUGCGUCAAGAAGCUAUUCUGUCUUUAAACACAGUUCAGCUUGGGGACAGGAACAGGAGGAAGGGGGGAGGAUUCCUAGAUGUUCCGAGUGGGGCUGCUUUCCAAAGCCAAUGUGAAAGACGGCGGCUGGACUAAAAGGUGACUGUGAGGUGGGAGAGGGCUGCUGAUCCUGGAGGGGGAAAAAAAAUCUAUUCCAGGUGGCAUUAGCAGCUCUCCACCCCUCCUAGCCACUCAAUGCACUGUCUGAGGCCUGGGCUUCUAGCAGUUGUCUCCUGCAGCCCACCUAGUUUUUCCUACCGGUGAGGGUUUUCUUCCUGGCCUGCCACUCAGGCCUAAAGCCUGGUCACAGAGCAGACCUUUCCCGAGGUGGAAAACAUCAAAAAGCUAAGAGGCUGCAUCCAGGCCGCUGGCCCCAAGAUCUCUGCAGGAAAUGCCUGUGGAGUGCGGCAGCCUGGCAAAGUUUCCACCACACUUAACUGAGGCUUGGAUUUGCUCAGCGACACAGUGGGCUGGGCCAGCGGUCCCCGGCUAUGAGGGGCUUGAGUCCCCAAAAUACCCAGUUCUGGCACCGCACUCUGCCCUUCGCCGCCCCAGAACUGAGCUUGGAAGCUUCCGGCGACCUUCCAAGAGCUCAAGGGAGUUUGGAAUUAUUUUAAAAAAUAAAUAUUAUAUUAUAUAUAUAUAUAUAUUUCCCUGCAGGAACCAAAGCGAAUUUUAAAAGAUGCAACGUAGAGGGGGGAAAAGAUGAUGAAGAGAAUAUUUAAAGGUUCUAUCUGUUUACAGUGUUCCACGAUUAAACUCACUCACUGCUAAAAAUAUUUGAAUGUACGCUUCAUACAGGGAUGGUGUUCAAAAGACUUGUAAAUAAAAGAACCAUAACCUAUUUUGUUUGAAUACUUUUUAAAUGUUGCCAUUCGUUGACUUCCUUGGGGGAUUGGAGGGGCGGGAAGGGUAUUGGGAAUGAUCUUUUUGAUUUCUUGGAGUGUUCGGAAAGCAUAGGGGUAAGCUCUAAGGUAGUCUGGCCCUACAGGCUCUGGGGACCUCAGCUGAGAAAGCCAGGUACCCUCCCAUUGAAUCUCCUCUGCCUCCCUGUUUUAAGAAGUGUUUGGUGGCUCUGUUUGUAAUGGGAGUGUUGGCCUGUCCUCCGUUCUCACCCACCACGUAUGUCGCAGCAUGUACACAGGCGACAGGGCACAAGGAAAAUAAAGACUGUGGAAACUUGA